GAGUAAAAAACCAUAUCAAUGGCUAUAAAUAUAAUUUUUUGCAAAAUGCAAGGUUACAAUUUGUUUAAAAUUCGUCGAUUUCAAGAAGCCAUCAUAAACUGAAAAGUAGGACACACUUUCACUAACAUCACCUUGCAGACUUUCUUAACUAAGUACUUAAUAUUUUCUGUUUGUUUGUUGACUUGUUCGUCGUCUAUAAUAAUGUCUCUAUCGAAAUUAUCCGCGAUUCUAGUCCAGAAAAACUAUAUAAUUAGACCUAGUCUCGUAUGUGUAAGUCGUUUGGAAAAAUCUACAAGUGCAAAUGUGCAACAUACAAAGAAGCCCAAUUGGAAUCGGGCCGUUAGUGAGGCAGAAAAAAUUGUGGGAUAUCCAAAUAGUUUUCUCAGUUUGAGAUGGUUACUUAGUGAUGAAAUUGCUAAUGUUGCCUUGCAAUUAAGAAAAUUGGUAGGGUCUAAUCACCCCUUACUCAAAACAGCUAAGGGAUUAUUUUUCAAUGGAAAAAAUAAUAUGCAGGCAUGGGGUCUAAUAGUGUUGCUGGUAUCCAAAGCAGCAGGUCAUUCUGCCGAUAUACCAGAGAUGGAAGAGGACAAAUCUGCAGGCGUAUUACACAGUCAAAGAGCUUUAGCAGAAGUAACUGAGAUGAUAAGAACGAGUCAUCUUGUACACAAAGGUUUAGUAAACUUGCAGCCUCCCGUUAAAUUCGAUGCUCCAGGUGACAUGAUAUCCGGUAACAAGAUAGCUCUCCUAUCCGGUGACUUCCUCCUAAGCAAUAGCUGUGUGGAGCUCGCCAAUCUUAAAAAUCAAGAACUGGUUGAACUUAUGAGUUCCGCUGUCAGGGAUUUAGCAGAGGCUGAGUUUGUAGAACCGAGAGAUAUCCAAAACGCUCCUCUUCCUGCGAGACCAAAGCGAAGUGCAAGAGGAUAUGAGCAGUUUGUAGAUAGUACCAUGGAGCCUUUGGUGGUGAGCGAAGCUCUGGGCAACGCUAGAGCUGAAUGGACAUUGCGACAUGUGUUAAACGCAGGUAGCCUGUUGGGAAAAUCUUGUCAAGGGACUUUGAAGUUAGCAGGCCAUUCGUACGAGCUUCAACAAAAAGGGUAUCUAUUUGGAAAACAUUUAGCUCUUGCGUGGCAGGCUUGUCUGGAUAGAGAACCUUUUUCUCCAGGAUCUACCGGUGCUUUUAGCCUAAUUAGUGCUCCCGUUCUUUUUGCCCUUCAACACAAUCCUGACAUGUAUAGUUUGAUUGAAAAAGGUUUGGAUGAUAUAGAACAAGUUGACUUCGAGGCCGUGAGAAAAGUUGUCUUGGACGGACCUGCUUUGGAUAUGACGAAAAAUCUACAAAAAGAUCAUUCGAAGGCAGCUCUUGAGGUUUUAGAUGAACUGCAAGAAUCAGAUGCCAGGACUGCUUUAAAAAAUAUCAUUGUGGCAAUUCAGGAUUGAUCUUGUUCAUAUUAGGCAAACUAGAUUUUAAAAUUUUGCACUUUUUUUAAACAUCCUUAUGUAUAUUGCACAAAAUAAUUUUUGAGGCUAAGGUUUAAGCUUAGACAUGAUAAACUAUAAACUGACAUGUUUCCAAGUUUUAUUGGAAAUCCAAACUCUUAUCUAGUAAUCUUUAAUAUUUUAAUAAUUAUCCAGCAGUUAAUUAAAAAAACUAGAGAAACGUCUCAUUGUUAUUUCCAAUGCUAUAUUAUAAAAUAUACUCAAACAGAGACAAUAUAAGGCUAAAUAUUCAUUUAUUCUUCCAACAUCUACCUCUAGUGUUUAUUUUAACUAAUUCACCAUGCAUCAAACGUUUUACCCAAUUACGUGUUUCUUACGGUAAUAUUGUCUAUUUCUUAUGAACAUUAAGUACCUAAAAAGAGAACAACUUAUUGGGCAUCAUCGAAUUCCUAGAGCUAAACAAACAAGGAAACAAAAUAUUGUAAAAAAUUUAAUAGAGUGCAUUUAACAAAUAUAUUAGCUAGAGAUUAAAAAUUGAAAAUCCAGAAUUAAUUGAAAAAAAAACUACAAUAAAUAUAUAAUAUAAUACGAAAAAAUAAUCUGUAAAAACGAAUAGCUACUAAUUUAAAAGUUAAAUAACAAAAAUACGUAUCUAAAUACGGUAUCUAAUAUUUUUGUUUAACUGGUUAAUAGUAUUAUGUGAUUAAAUAUUACCGAAGCCUGAA